CACCUCUCCUCGUCUCUUCCUGGCUUCAGCCCUUCCUGAGUCACUGUCGUCAGCCAGUCAGUCAGACCGCCUGGGCAGGAUACGUCGAUCUCAAACCCACGUCCCCCACGAAAAACAGGACAGGACGGCGCAGAACAGACACACCAUUGCAGCUCAUCAUAAAUAAUGCAGACCUAGGAGAGGCACUAGGACCUGGGGAAUGACUGUACUGCCCUGCCUGUGUGCUACAGUAAAUAUAGCCACAGUGUGCUGCUCUGGGGCCUGAGUUACAGAGUCCAGGACACAGCUGGAGCUCUGUCAGUCUCUCUCUCUCUCUCUCUCUGUCUGUCUGUCUGUCUGUCUGUCUCUCCCCCCACCUCUCUAAAACCUCUCUCUCUUUAGAACCCGUCCUCAGCUUUCACAGCGUGUGAAUCGCUCUGUGCUUAUAUGUGAGUUUGUAAGUAUAAAUGUGGGUGGAUGUGGGUGCGAGCGGCAUUCUGUAUGUGACUGAGUGUAUGUGAGGUGUGUGUGUGUGUGUCUGAGAGAGAGAGAGGUAGAGAGAGAGUGUGUGUGUGUGUGUGAGAGAGAGAGGGAGAGAGAGAGAGAGGAUGCUGCAGCUGUGCCGGAUCACGGACGCCCUGCUGAUCGCCAACGCGCGCUCGGCCUGCAGCGACGAGCUGAUCCGGCAGGAGGGCGUCACGCUCUGCAUCAACGUGUCCAGGCAGCAGCCCUUCCCCUCGGCCCGCGUGGGCACCCUCCGGGUGCCCGUCUACGACGACCCCGCCGAGAACCUGUACCGGUACUUCGACCGCUGCGCCGACGCCAUCCAGGGCGAGGCGGGCCGCGGCGGGAGCACCGUGGUGUACUGCAAGAACGGGCGCAGCCGGUCGGCGGCGGUCUGCGCGGCCUACCUGAUGAAGCACCGCGCCCUGCCCCUCGCGGACGCCUUCCAGAUGGUGAAGACGGCUCGCUCGGUGGUGGACCCCAACCCGGGCUUCUGGGAGCAGCUGGAGAAGUACGAGCAGGAGCUGGAGAGGAGGAGGGCCGAAGGGAACGGCCGUUUGACUCCGCCUCCUCGUUAGUCCCCGCCCCCCAAAGCGAAGGGCUGCAGGCAGCACAACCGACUGAAAACACUUGAACUUCGUCUAUUUAUUCACUCGUUUAUUUAUUCAUUUGUUUGCUUAGACAGGGUGGUCGGCAGAGAAUGCCAGGACUCUUUUAGAGGCAAACUAGAGGGAUAGAGGUGGGAAGGGACUUUGUAGACAAUCAGCGAUCAACAUCAAGAUCAACUGGUCAGAUUUUGAGUUUGAGAGCCAGUUUGUAAAUAUCACUAUGACACCAAGGUUUUUCACCCCUUGUCUUUCGAUAACUGCCAUUGGAGUCUUAGUAACUACAGUGCGUCAGGACCUUUUUGAACACAGUGCUUAGAUCAUAGAAAAGACUGCACUGGGGCUUUCACUCGGUCCAGAUGGAAAAGCGCCCCCUGCUGGUCCACAGACACCACUUUCAGCAGCAACCUGAUCUUUCUUAGGGGUUCUGCACUCCAAAAAUACAAAGCAAGCCCAGUGCUGCUCAGAUUUCUCUGCUUAGCAUGAGACUGCUACAGAAUGACAUGUAUUCUUACUAUCAAACAAUAUAGGCUUCUUAAUUUUGCAUCACAUUUAACUUUCUCUACACAAAAUUGAGACUUUGUGUCAGCUGUAUGUUGCCAGGAUUUCCUGGGUCUGUAAGGGCUUCUCAUACACUUCAUCUUAGAUGCCGUCCUAACCAGACAACCUGCAGCAGCCAUGGCAGGAAGUGGGUGGAGCCAUCAAAGCGUCAGGUGACUGUGACACUGUGUGCAUCUCCAUCCUUAUUGGUUUAUCUGACUUUCAUGUAGCCCUUCCAGUGUUCUGUAAACCAUAUAAAGCCACAUAACAUGCAAGAUUAGUAUUAUCAUUAAUUCUUGUAAUGAUCAAAUCAGGGGACUUAACUGCCAAAUAUUAAUUAAGAGUAAUUCAAUAAAAAAAGUAAAAUCAAUACACAGAUUUCACAUUUUGCAGUCUGCUGUAACACUGGAUUGUUGUAACACUGGAUUCUGACAGUAAGUUUCCAACAGCAACAUUGACAGUAAUGCUUCAGUCACUGUGAAAUGGAAAUGGCAGCCCCUUCUGAACUGUGUGUAGUAAAGCAUGAGUUUAGUCUGCUUGGCUGGGGGGGCCAGUGAUGACUCAAUGCAGUGUACUGGACGGCACGUCCUGUUCUGAGCUGUGAAACCAGGUGAAUCAGCAUGACCUGGCCUCACUGAGCUCAGAUUGGUCUGCAGGGAAAUGAGAAUGUCAUUUUAGCAUGAGCUCAUGGCUGUCACACAGUGGAAAGAAGUUACUGUACAUCGCUUUGGAUAAAAGCGUCUGCCAAAUAAAUGUAAUUUAACGUAAAGUUAAAGGGCUGAUAUAUGUAGCUGGGAAACAUGAAUUGCGUUUCAACCUUAAUUUCAAAAAUAAAUAUUUAUUACAUUUUAAUCUGAGGUUCGUUCUGUGUCCCAUUCCUGGCUGGCCAGCGAUGCAACCAGAUGCAAAAAGUCCAAAGCAGAAGGAAGAAAAUGUAAAAUUGAUGUUAUCAGAGCAUGGCACUGUGAACCGACACCAUGUGGGAAUGAAACAAACACUGCUAUCAGAUCGCAGUUUCCUGCAAUUCACAUUCCUCUCAGGUUUCCAGUGCAGCAAAGUGAUUAUGUAAUGUAAUGCAAGUUCAAUAGAUAACCUAAGAAGCUACUGCUUUUCAGUGGUAACUGGCUGCAGUGGUGAACAUGGGCACACUCUGACACGGGUGCACUGUGAUAUGGGCGCUGGUACACUUUCGCAUGGGUGCCUGUGACGUGGGUCCCUGUGGCAUGGGUGAUGUGGGUGUUUGAUAACUUUUUCCAUUAAAGAAAUGAAAUAAUAAUUUUAAAAAA